AUGGCGAAGUGGGGCGAGGGCGAUGAACGGUGGAUCGUGCAGGAACGCGAGGACGGCGUCAACGUCAACGGAUGGCACUGGCAAGAGAAGAACUACAUGGGCUGGGGGCGAGAGCGGCUGUCAGAUCUCCUCACCGCGGUGACGUUCGACCUCCCGAACGACGAGGGGAGCGCGUCCGUGAUUGAGAUUUCAAAGUUCGAGGGCGACGCCGCGGUGAGCAUCCGCAAGGGGAACAAAAAGUUCGCGGUGUUCGACCUGAACAUCACCCUGAAGUGGGAAGGGACGUGCGAGGGCUUCGAAGGCGACGGGAUCGUGAAGGGCGAGAUUAAAAUCGCCGAGUUCGCGUCCACGAACGACGAGGACGAGUACGAGUUCAAGGUGACCGCGUCCGACGGCGACGCGGACGCGAAGAAAAAGAUGAAGCAGAAGAUCAAAUCCGUCGUCGCGGAGGCGUUCAUGCCGCACCUGAACACGUUCGCGAAGGAGCUCGCGGAGAUGUGA